GUUUGAAAAAAAAGAGAUAUAUGAAGAUAUAACUUUAAUUCUGAGUGCAUUUAUAUUAUUAUUAUUACAUGAUAAAUUAAAGCGUUGAAUAAUAUAUUACUAAGUUGACUUUUUUCUACUUAUGAGACAUAUCGAGGUACAAAUCUGUAAUGUAGUGGCAUCAUAAAUGAGUAGACUUUUGUGUGUAUAUUUGUAUCAAUUUUCAUAAAUAUAUUGAAGCUGUCUUUGCACAAAAUUGACAAAAAUACAGAAAAAGAAGCCUUUGAAAUGAACAUUUUUUGAACAGACGAGGAAGCAAGUACCAAAUUAUUCCUCUUGCACAUCUCAUAUUUUAUAUUCAAAUAAUAUGGCUGGUCAUACUUUUCUAAAAUGGAACACUUUAGAACUGGAAUGGAAAAUCAUUUCUGUGACUCUAAACAAAUUAGAAGAACAUGAUCAACUUCAUAUUCAAGAUUUGUUUAGUUUCCUGUCUACUAUCUCUAGUGAUGAAAUCCAAAAAUGGUGCAAAUCUUUAACUGCUUCUCAAAAACUUGAUUUUUUUAAAAAUAAGCCAACAUAUUUUAUAGUACAAGAGAACUUUAUCUCCAAAGCUAUGUCAUUUGACUCUUUGAAAAUUUAUGCGUGCAAAAAAUUCUGCAGCUCAGCUCGUUUUAUUAUGCAGUGUUUUGGAUCUGUGCAUUUCUUGGAAAUUAAGAAAGUUGUUACAUUUGUUUUUGAAGAUGUUGCUCAAUAUAUGCUUAAUUUAUCAGCUGAAGAAGAAAAGGAAUUUAUAAGGAACAUUCGCAAUGUAAGUGUUGAUGAGUCGGGUGUUUUAACAUUAACAACUUCACGCAAAGUUGGUUCAAAGCGUGUGUCUUCUGAAGAAAAGUGUUUGCUAGCAGUUGUGUAUUACUUAAGUCUUCAUGGCCGUACUCAUUUUAAAAAAUUGUUCGAAGAAAUAGAAAGCUUUGCAAAGAAUGAAUGUUAUCUUGUAUCUGGUGAAUGUUCAGAUUCUAAACAUUUAGCAUGGUUGAAAAAGCAUGACGAUUAUUUUCAAGUUCAUCAAGAUAAUUUUGUCAGCCUGUAUGAAGAAUAUUCUUCUUAUAAAUGUGAUUAUCAAAAACUUAAAAGGAAACAAUUGCCCCUUCAGAUAGAACCAGUAUACACUGACAUUGAUUCUUCUUAUCUUUCACAAGCAGUACAAAUUUUAACAAGUGCAAAUGAACUAAAUGAUGAAGAUAAUACUGUGACCUCAAAUCGUUCUAUAUGCAAAAAAUUUUAUAUUUCUGCAACAUAUCUUACAAGCUGUUUUAACCCACUUCAUUAUCUCGAAAUUAAAGAAUGUAUUUUUUUCUUAAUGGAAGAUGUGGCUAAUGUUCUAAGAAAACUUUCACUCUCCAGAUUGCAAAAAAUAUUUGAAAAGGUCCCAUUUACAUCAAUGGACGAGAAUGGAUUUCUUCACUUUCGUGAAGAUUGCAAUUUUGAUACAAGUUUUGUAACAAAAGAAGAAAUGCUUAAUCUUUUUGUUGUAUAUUAUUUAGGUUUCUGUGGCAAGACUCAUUUUGAAAAGGUGAUUGAAGAAUUAAAGACACGUGCACCAGAAACACUUAGUAAUACAUUCUCAGAAUUGCCUGCUCAAGAUCAGUUAAAAUAUUUUAAAGAUUUUCCUCAAUAUUUUAUUGUAAAUAAAAAAGGAGAAUUAGAUGUAAUUGCUGGUUUUAUACUUCCUUAUUAUGAAUAUAAAAAUGAUACUUUCAUGGACAGUGAACCCCCGUCUAAAGACUGUUUUAUUACUUCAGAUAAAUACUCAAUAACUGAAAGAGUAAGUUCUAGCAUUGCCUUCCUUUUACAAUUUUUUCAGCUAAAAGUGACUCUUCGCCCUUUAAGAAUAAUUCUCCAUGUACUGAUUGAUGCCAAAGUUCAUUUCUUAAAUUUAACAGCUCUGGAUCAAAUUGAUUUUAUAAAAGUUAUUUUUUCUCCCUUCACUGUUGAUGAAAGAAAUAUCAUUUCUUGUGCUGGUAAUCAAUAUGAAAUUAAACAUUUGUCUGAAAAGGAAAUGGAAUUCCUCUAUUUUGCAUGUCUUAUUUCUAAAUCUGGUAGAAUGCAUUAUCGUCAAGCCAUUGAUAAGUAUUUUGAAGAUACUGGUAAAGUACCAAAGCUUGCAAUUUCAGAUUCUAUGAGAUUCCGAUAUUUCAAAGCAGCUGAAGGUAUAUUUCAAAUUGGUUCUGAUGGAUAUAUAGUUUUAUGUCCUUUACCUCAACUUAAUAUGGUGACGAGCUUUUUUUCUGAAAUUGUGAAAACUAAAAACACACAUGAUCUCAAACUUUCUGUGAAUCACCCUAUAUGUGCAAAUUUUAAUAGCAAUAAUUUGAGCCAAAUUAAGAGUUCCUUCCAAGAAUCCUGUAGUAUGAGUGAGAAAAACAGCAGUAAAGACAAUGUUCCAUAUGCAACUGUAGCAGAAUAUAAAAAAUUAUGUGGAGCUGUGUCUUUUCUUCUCACAUUCUUCAAUUCAGUACACUGUGUAACUAUGAAACAUAUUAUUUCAUUUGUACUGACAGAUGUUGGAAAAUUCUUAAGUGAGUUACCUCUUGAAGAACAAAAUACAAUUUUCAAAAGUAUCCCACAGACUUUUAUGGAUCCAAAUGGUUGUAUGUACUUAACAUCAUUCAAUGAAUUGCAUUCAUUUGUAUCAAAGAACAAAAAACAGUUUCUUUUUAUAACUUGCUUUUUGGCUGUCAAUGGUGAAACGCAUUAUCAAACAAUACUAAAUGAGUUGAACAAACACCAACUUGGAAGGAAUAAGUUAACAUGUAGUCAAUUCUAUGGUUUUCUUGGAAAAUAUCCUAAAUACUUUACAAGAAAGCCUAAAGGCUAUGUAAUACUUUCUCAUUCUUUUGAUUUGCCUGAUGUUAAAUUACAAGACUGUGUUAAUUCUGUUCCAUCAGAUAUCAAGCAGAAAGCAUUUCGAGAUUCUAACUCUGGCAUCGAAAUACACAAUAGACCAACUGAAUCCAAAUAUCCUUUAAAUAAAAAAAUUCAAGAUGGCAUUUUGUAUCUCUUACAAUAUUUUACUCUCAAUAUAGAAAGUAAAUUUCUACAAGUUUUAUUUCUAGUAUUGGAUUAUCAUGAAAUCUUCCAUAAUUCAUCAAUUAAUGACAAAAUUGCCUUAUUGAAAAAAAGUUUUUCAGCUUUUAAAGUAAACGAAGACGGUGUGAUAUUUUCUUGUAGCACAUUUUAUGAAUCUUGCUUAGUAGAAGGGGAAAAAGAAGAACUUUUAAUAUCUUUUAUUGUAUUUGAGCAAAAGGAGAUGCAUUUCCUAAAAAUAUUUCAGGAACUCAGCAAAUAUGAUUUAAUUUUACAACAGAAAAAAUUUGAUGCUUCUGCAAAAUUUCGUUAUUUCAAGAAGAGGAAAGAUAUAUUUCAUAUAGACAAUGAUGGGUAUGUAUCACUUAUAAAUUGUCCAGAUAUUAAUUUAGACUCAAGUGCAAUAUUAAGGUGCUUUUCUUCAACAGAGGAUAUUAUACAUGUCAGAUCUGAAAAUAACUCUCAGUCUGCUGUUACAAAGAAAAGGAGUCAGACUGACCAGUUUUCAGAUGUUCAUUCAAGUAUCUCACAGUCUGAACACGUUUGUGAAAACAAAGCCAAAAAAAACCUAGAUAAGAUUUUCGAAACCCAAGAAACUAAUCUAUUGGCAGGCAGUACACAGUUUGAUAAAUAUCAUACUUUCUCCUCUAAUAAAACUGAAAUUCAAAAUAUUAAUAAAAAUUAUUCUCUGAAUGAGAAAGUUAAAGAUAAAGAAAGUGAUUUUGUUGAAGCAACAAGUAAAUUCAAUGCAAAUAAUUUUUCUCCUAAUACAGAUUGGUUCAUAAUUAAGAAUGAUCAAUCAAAAAAUACAUGUGGUAGUAUUGAAGAUGGUAUCCUGCAACUUGAGGGAGCUGCAGCUGUUCCAGAUGUUUGUGAAACAGAGGAUAUCUGCAAAAUUACUGAAAAAGAUGAGCGUAUGGAAUACUCUGAAAAAACAGCUUUUGUUUCAAAAUUUAAUUCAAAUAUGUUUAUUCCUAGCAAAGAGUGGUUUUCAUCAAAGUGCGAAGUAACCAAUACAGAAGAUUGUGCCACCAAGACAAAAUAUGUAAGAAAACCUGUAAGCCGUGUGAAAAGUAUUGCUCUUUCUUCAAAUCCCAGGAUUGAAAUUGAAAAUAAAGAGGAAUUAAAAUUUAUUCAAAGUGAUGUGAUAUCAAAACCUGCACCUUUUAAUAUAAAUCUGCCUGUUCCAGAAAUGAAAUUUUUAUCUGCAAAUACUUUGGCUAAGGAAACAAGUAUCUUGGCAGUUCAUAAUUCUUGUAAUACAUUACAUGACCAUUUGGCAGAUCAGAAGAAAUGUGUUGCUUCGUCUUCAAAUUCUUCUGAAACUGAAAAGGUAAUUAAAAAUAUAGAAAAGUCAAAAUUUAUUCAGAGUAAAACUAUAAAAAAAGCUACAACAUUUAAUGUUAACUUACCUGUUUCAACGAAGAAUUCUUGUUCUGCAACUACUUUUGUGAAGAAAGCAAGUACUGAAGAAACUUAUGAUUCUUGUGAUAUUUUGCAUGAUCAGCAUAUAUUGUCCCAGAAGAAUGUUGCUGAGAUUCUUGUUGAAAUUAUACAAAGUAUCACAUCAAUAUUGAAAUAUUAUGAUACAAAAGUUAACUGGCUACUUGUAUGUAUUAUAUUUCAAGUCAUGAAUGAUGUUAGAAAUAAAUUCUCUCUUUUAUCAAAAGAUGAUCAGUCAUGUGUAUUAAAGAAAAUAUUUGAAUAUUUUUCUCCUUCUGAGAAAAAGUUAAAUGACUUAGAGAAAUCAUAUUUAGGCAAAUAUGAAUUAACUGAAGAACAAGAAAAUUUAUUAGUUAUCACAUGCAUACUUUCCCAUGAGAAAAAGAUAGACUAUAUUCAACUUUUUAAAAAAUUUGAAAUGCUUAAAAAUGACUUUCGUAAUUAUGAACUGAAUGAUUCUGAUAAAUAUCAAUAUCUUUUAAAAAGAGAUAACCUUUUUUCUAUUGAAGCUGGAUUUGUGAAACUCCAUCCUUUUCCAAAUCUGAAACUAAAAUCGCAAGUUCUUGAAGCUGAGUUAAAAGUUUGGAAACACAUUAAUUCUAGACAAGUAUCCAAUCAACAAACAAAUAAAAAAAAUAAUAAGGAAAUGUUUGGUGAUAAUUUGCAAAUAUCCAAUUCCAAAUCCCAGUUAAUGCCUUCAGGACUGAAUUAUAAAGGAAAUAAUAAAUCUGAAGUUUCAAAAAAUGAGCUUCAUUCCAUCCGCUUGCAAAUGGAAUCAUUUUUUGCAAAGACUUUCUUGUGGCCAAAGAAUGCAUCUGAAAUUUAUGGAGAAUUGAACAGCAGUAUUAUAUUCUUACAAAAGUCUUCAGAUGUAAAAGUUGAUUGGCAUCUUGUAUGCGUAGUAUUCCAAGUAAUGAAUGAAAUUAGAAGCAAAUUCUUAUCUUUGUCUAAAGAUACUCAGAUAAGUAUAUUAAAUCAAGUUUUUAUCCAGUUGACUUUUAAAAAGGAAUCUAGUAAGUUGGAUGAGUUUUUUUUAGAAAAUUACCCAUUGAAUGAAGAACAAGAAACUCUUUUACUUAUGGCCUGCAUAAUUGCUCGUGAAAAAAAAUUGGACUAUCUUAAAUUAUUUGAAAAACUUGGAGCCAUUAAGAAAAACAUGUUAAAUCACAAGCAGACAGAUUUUUAUAUAUAUAUUAAUAGAAAAGAUCACCUUUUUUCCAUGGAAGAUGGAUAUGUAAAGCUUCUUCCUUUUCCUAGUUUGGAAUUAAAAAGAAGAGUUUUAGCUGCUGAUUUAAGAAUUUGGAAAGUCAGAAAUUAUGAAAAAAAUAAUAAAAAAUCUGUGGAUGAAGAGAGAGAAGUUUUGGGAAAUGAUGUGCAGGUACACACAUCUACAACAAAGUUAAACCUUUCAAAUCUCAAUCGCUUAGCCGAUAAGCUUAUUGGCCCCAAAAUUGCAAGCAAUUCUAAUCAGACUUUCUGCCCUAGAACUGAAUCCAAUGGUUCUAAAUUGAACAAUAUAGAAGAAAAGACUGAUAAAUUACCUAUCAGUUGUGACUAUAAUACAGAAAAUAAACUUCAAACUCCCAAUACUACUUUUCAGUUGACGACUUCAAAAUUCUGCCAGAAGGAGAAAGUUGAUAAAUCCAUAUCUACAAAUGAAGAAGAAAUUUCAGAUCUUGAAUUUCAAACCCUUAGUUCCUCAGCUAAGUUGGAAUUUUCAGUGACUGACAGCAGCAACAAGAGUGUCAAUAAAAAAGAUGUGGAAAGUAAAUCUCAAAUUUUCAAUUCUAUAGCUGAAUUUAAAUACCAAUUAAAUAACAAUUUGAAAAAGACUGAUGUACAACCACUUACUAAAAAUAAUGAUGGUGCAUUUGAUGUCAGACUGAAAUAUUUAGAAGAAGAAACUAAUAAUCCUUUAUUGCUGAAAGAAUUUGAUUUUAAAAAUAAUUGUCAGACUGUUAUUGAAUCAAACGAUACAAAACCAAAUCCAGUGGUAAAAGAGGUCGGUGAGUUGGAAUCUUUGAAUGACAAAAAACUGGAUUCAGAAAAUAUUUCACUGAUUUCUAAUCAUACAACUGAUUGUAAAUCUUCAAAACUCAGUAACAUAAAGGAAUUGAAUGGAAUAUCUUCUAAAAACAGAAAAAAAAGAGUGGAUGAAGAUAUAUCUCACAACUUUACUCCCAUAAAUGCUGCCAAAAUCUGUGGCAUGAAAGAGCAGUCUUGUGAAUUAUCAUAUGAAGAUAAGAAAGAAAUGAUUUUGGAAAGAAAAUCUUUUCAAGACAGUGAAUCUUUUGUAGAAUCUAAUGUUUCGAUCUGUAACGUAAAUGCUGGUGAAGGCAUGGAGAAAAAGGCUGAAGAAUUCUCACCUAUAAAAAAUAAAGAAAAUAUUAUGGAGAAUACAUCAAACGCUUACGAUUCCAAAACAAAACUGAAUAAUAAAGAAAAACCUGAUGAAUCACAGCUCAAUAACAAUAAAGUAUCAAUGAAAAAUGAAUCUCACCAUAAUACUUCUGCUAUGGAAUUAAGACCCAUUUCUCCAAAUAUCAAACAAAAACAAAUUAUUCAGUCUUUACCAGCAAGCAGUACAGAAGCAGUUUCAAAAAAUGUGUCUUCUAGUGAAACUAAAACCUCAAAAUUCAUAUGUUUAGAAGAAAAAAAUAUUGGAAUUAAAACUACUGAUAAUGUAUCUGUUAAAUCAAAGGUGACUCAGAAUAAUUCUAUGAAAACUGCAGAUGUAUCAAAAGAUUCUAGCACAGUUAUGAAAGAAUCUCUUAAUAAGCUUUGCAAAAGAAUGCAAGCUGGCAUUAUUCAUCUUUUGAAGUACUUUCAUUUAACUGCAGAGAAUCUGCUUUUGAAAGUUCUGUGCCACAUUUUGGAUACCAGCAAACUGUUCAUUAGUUUAUCAAAUGAUGAGAAAAUGGAUUUCCUUCAAAACUGCUUUCAUAUCUUUUAUUUGGGCAAAAAUGGUUCUAUUACUCUAUCCUCGUCGAAUAAUGAAAUUAAAACAGUAAAAUUAAAACAUGAAGAAAAAAUUUUGUUAAGUAUGAGUUGCAUAUUGAGUCAGUGUAAAGAAAUGCAUAAUCAAAAAAUUUUCCUAAAUUUACAAAAUCAGCUGUCUAUACCUGCAGCCAAAGAGCAGUUCAGUUUCUUCAGGAAGAGAACACAUCUGUUUUCAAUUGCUAACAAUGGCUAUGUGAAAUUAUGCAAUUUUCCAGAUUUUGAGAUAAAUUCAACGGUAUUUUCAGGUUUUUUUCAAACAAAGAUCGUUGUCAAAAAUAUGACUUCAAGUCAAGAGACAUCUGUUGCAGACCGUGAUAAUUUUGUCCCUGAAUCAGGAAUUCAUAAAAAAGAAUCUAAUUACCUUGAUAAUGAAGCACCUAAUUUGGAAGUUACAUCAACUACUGAAAAUAAAGUUCUUGAUUUCAGGCCUGGUGAAAGUCUCAUUAUAAAAGACUCUAGUUCAGAACUGUUAACAAUGCAUGAUGCAUGUAAAAAAGUUAAAGAUGCUAUCUAUUUCCUCUUGAAUUAUUUUAAGUUAGUUUUGGAACCUCAUUUAGUGUGUGUCAUUCUUCAUGCAUUGAAAGACGUACAAAUUUAUUUUGCUAAUCUAAAUGUUUCAGAUCAAAAUUCUUUUGUCAAAGAAAGCCUAUCUAGUUUUCGCACGGAUUCUAACGGUCAAAUUUCUAAAGUUUUCUAUUUAUCUCUUCAAUUUAAUCUGAACAACAAUGAAAAAGAUAUGUUAUUUCUAUGUUUUAUUUUAGGUCAAGUGCAUAAGAUACAUUAUCAAGAAAUAUUUAAUAUGUAUGCACAUUAUCAGAGAGCUAAACCAACUUCUGUUGUAACAUGUUCUGAUAUUCACAAAUAUUUCUCUGAAAGAACAGAUUUAUUUUCUUUGAAUUCAGAUGGCUAUGUGAAAUUGAAUCUACAAUAUAUAGUUGAUCAAAAUUCUAAAAUUCUACCUGUCAAUGCUAUAUCUGCUGAUGUGGUUAUUAGGAAUUCCCCCUUAUUGAAUUCUGUUGCAUUUAAAAAUAUUCAAAUUAUUCAACAAUCAAAAAUUUGUGAACGGCAAUCCGGUGAAGUAAAUAAUAAACCAUCUAAACAGAAUAACCUUAAAUUAAAACGUGAGCUCUAUAAUGAGUCUAUUGCAUUUUUAAAUGGCCAAUCUGAUAAAAUUAUGUCUGAUUGUGCUGAUGUAAUUAUUUUGCAUGUUUUGGAUGAUCUUCGGGAUUUGGAUCGUAGUGAAAGAAGACGUUUGCUUUCAAAAUCUGGUGAUGUUACGAACAAUGAUGCUCUUUCUUCAAAAUCUUUGUUGAGUGAGGAAGAAAAAGAUUUAUUAAUUAUUGCUUCUACUUUAGUUCUGUCUGGGCCUUUACACCAUUGCAAAUUAUUUGAGUUACUGGAAAAGCAAAACAGAGAUUCUUUGAAGAUAUUGACAGAAUUGGAACAGCGUCAGUAUAUCCUACAAAAAUCUAAAUUUUUUAAUAUUACUAAUAAUGGAAUUGUCAGUUUCAAUGCUACUUCUAAUACAGAUAUAGAAAACUUGAAUCAUUUUGAUCCUGCAAGUGAAGAAUAUUUUAAAAUUUCCCUUUCGAAGAACAUUUCUACAGAAAAUGAUUCCUGCUGUGAUAAGCUUAUUGAUUCCCUUAUUAAUGAUAUUGAUAUUGGAAAGAAUAAAAUCGAACCCAAUAGGGCAUCUAGAAGGACUGUGCAUAAACCGACAUUUGAUUUGUUAGAAAUCAUAUCGGAGGAAAACUCUAGGGAUACUACUUCUUUUCAUCCUGCAUCUAAAACAUUUAGUUUACUUGAAUUCUCUGAUGCUGCAAGUACAAGAUUAGAGCAGCAAAGUGUUUACUUUUUUACCACUCUUCUAACUAAUUAUAAGAUGGCAAAUUCUCUCAAAGAACACUUGUACUUAGCAACCAAAGACAUUCAAAACCAUCUCAAGAUUUAUUACAAUGACAAUAUAAAUCACUUUUUAGAAAUCCAUCAGAUGAGUCCACCUUCAUUUUAAAUAUAUGCAUCUGUGAGUAUGUAAGAGGCUAUAUUAUUACAGAAAAGUUCAGCUUUGAAUUAAAAACUUGGACUGUGAUAUUUAAAAGCAUUUAACUGUGCCAUUAUUUAGUUAAUGUUUUUGAAUAGCAAUGGGGGGGGGCAAAAAUUCACCAAAUAAAUUUCCAUUCCAUUUACUAUAUAAAUAUAUUUUUUUAUGAUUUCUUUUAAUUUAACGUAUUUUAUAUACUGUUUGACAUGAAUGCAUAAUCUAUCUAGUUCAACAAAGUACUUUGUAAAUUAUUAUUUUUGGUGAUAACUCUAAGUGAAUAGCUUAAAAUGAUUUCUAGUAUACCCUCUUGAAUUCAAGAGUGUUAAAAUCUCUUCCAUAAAGUAUGCAUCUUUUUAUAUGGUUUUUUGCUGAUCUAUUUCUUUGCUUUUCUUUAAAUUGCAAUCAAAACUAGAUUUUGUGUUAUUUGUAUCAUGAAAUUGCUACUAAGUAAAUCUUUCUUAUAACUUAGAAUCUUCAUAUAAAAUUUAAAAUCAACUAUUAACUUAAAAUUACAAUGAUAAAAAAUGCUAUUUAGUUUUUUUUACAUUUAUUUCAUUACUAAUUAAAGUAUAUCAUUCUUUGAAAAAAUAUUGUUAU